CCCCCCCGCCCCCCUCAGACCCGUCACCAUGAGCGGCGGGACGCCGUACAUCGGCAGCAAGAUCAGCCUCAUCUCCAAGGCGCAGAUCCGCUACGAGGGCAUUUUGUACACGAUCGACACGGACAACUCGACCGUGGCGCUGGCCAAGGUGCGAUCAUUUGGUACAGAAGACCGGCCAACAGACAGACCCAUUGCCCUAAGAGAUGUCUAUGAAUAUAUUAUCUUUCGAGGUAGUGAUAUCAAAGAUAUUACUGUGUGUGAACCUCCAAAGCCAACCCAGGAUCCUGCCAUUGUACAGUCUUCAUUGAGCACUUCGUCAAAUGCUUCAUUUCAACCUCCCACGUCGUACAGUCCUUUCCGUAGUAUGACUCCAUAUAGCCAAUUUGCUGGAGGAUCCUUGGUUGGACAACAGUAUGGUGCCUCUGUGGGCUUAGCAGCUACUAGUUUUCCAUUUUUGCCGUCAAGACAAAGUCCUAUGGUGGAACAAGGUGUGCAAACAAGUCCCACAGAGGGCCUUAACCAGAAGAACCUGCAGCAGGAUAAAAUCCCUACCAGUAUAAAUCAGCAACCUGUCGGUCUGGAGCAAAGGAAAGUUGUCCCACCGCCUCUAACGCAAAAUCGAGCUCAAGUGAAUGAUGAGAAUAAAAAGCCUCAACCUCAAAGGAGACGGUCAGGCAAUAGAAGAGUCAGAAACCGUGGAAGAGGACAAAAUUUUUCUGGAAAUAAUAAAGAAGCAACAGUGAAGUUUGAAGGCGACUUUGAUUUUGAAAGUGCAAAUGCACAGUUUAAUAAGGAGGAGUUUGAAAAGGAGUUCCAAAACAAACUGAAAAUAAAAGAUGAUAUUGUACAUAAAGGAGAUGUUGGUCACCAAGAAGAGAAAGGAGAUUCAAUUGUUGAAUCACUAAAUACUGAAGGAAAUAAGGAAGAGCCAUCUCUUGGACCCAACUGUUACUACGAUAAAACAAAAUCAUUCUUUGAUAAUAUUUCUACCGAGCCAAAGACAAGGCGUACAUGGGCUGAAGAAAGAAAGCUUAAUACGGAAACAUUUGGGAUCUCUGCUAAAUUCCUUCAUGGACGUGGUUUCCGUGGAGGCUUCCGCGGUGGAAGAGGCCGUGGAGGUGGGAGGAGAACUUCUUCAAUGCCAAGAAAUAGUGGUGGCAGCAGGGUUUAAGAAGAAACUGCUGAGAAGAGUGGGUUUUUUGGGUCUGUGUGUGUGUGUGUAAAUGCACAAAAAUGGCACUACAGAUGUUACUUGUGAACUAAUGGGAAUACAUUUUGUUUAAAUAAGCCCAAAGGAGUAACUGGCAAGCUAGUUGCAAACUACUACUUCUGGUAUCCUGUCAAUUAAGAUUUCGUAUUGAUCUGAGCUCCUUUAUGCAGGAGGAGAUGAAUGUAUUUAUUUUGGGUUAACUGUUUAACAGCAGGUGAAAGAGUAAUUGUGUGAAACUGGCUUGUUUACACAGUUGUGCAAGGAAAGCUUAAUUUAUUAUUUUGAACAAAGUUCCAUGUUAUAACUGUUGUUGCUGCAUAUGGUCAGGAUUGACACCAGCCCUCUCUCACCAUGAAAAAGCAACUUGUAUCUUAAGAUUCUAAACCAUUUAUCACCCAUGCAGAUUGACACCAACUCCAUAUGGUACUGAAGUGUAAGACUUGUGUCUGUAAUGAGCAUGAAUGAGGGUAUAAUGAAUAAUAGUAAGCAGAUUUGGCAUAAGGUUAUCAUACUUGUAUGCACUUGGAAUUGGGUAACUUCAUGUUUAUUUUUGUUUUUGAAGCUUUCACAGUUUAAAACUUUGCUAUAUUCAUGUAAUAUGAAGAAGUGUAAACAAUAGCUUAUUUUCAAGUGCAUUUGAAAUUUAGUUUACAAAGUUUGGAACUGCUUUUCAGUGUACCCUCAUUUGCAAGGCUGAAAUGACUUCAUUUGAUCUUGCAUUUCUGAUACUGUAUUUUGUAUUGGUACCUUCUGAUUCCUGGAGAUGUUGUAGGUCAGCUGACUUUGUGCUUAUACAGUGCUAAACUUGAUUACUUCAAUUUAUGUAGAUUUAAUCCGUUUCUGGUAGAUUGUGGAUUCAUUAAUAAAGGAGCUGAAUUUGCAUCUGAGGCUGCUUAAGGAUGUUGGUUUCCUGGAAUCUAAUUAUGUUGUACCACUAUAAAAUGCUGUAAAUGAACACCAAUUUGAAAUCCAUUUGGACAUGAAUGCCAGUUAGAUGGUGUAAAUAUUCUCAAUGGACUCAACAAGAAGCCUUCAUUACAAGCUGCAGUGUUUCUGUAGAAUGAAGUUGGUUGUAAUGCUAAUAGAAGCCAACUAAGAAGAAUUUUCUCCAGGGGCAUCGAUUUGAUUCUUAAAUUUCCUGGGAUGUAGCAUGUGCAUAUGUAUAGUUUUUGUCUGGCAAACAUCCAAUUUAUGAAUGUGCUGGACUUGUAUUUCUGUGAAACAUUUGAGCUCUUUAUUUCCAUGCUAUAAGUACCAAGAAUUGCAUGGAAUACCAGAUAUGAAACUCUUCUGGAUGUUCACUGCAGUGUGCAGACUAAAUAGUUAUUUUGAAAAGUUCAUGUGCAGCAGUGGUCUGUACAAAGCUAACAUUUUGAAUGUUCAGAUACUGGUAGGUGUUUGAAUAUGUUGUAUAUUUUUUUUUCAUUUAAAACAAUUUGGCACUUGUUGAUCUAGGAAGAGAUCACUGCCUUUGGUGGAAGAUCACUGCCUUUGGUUGAUUAAUUGUAUGCAAGCCUGUUGUUGUGCACACUUUUUGAAGACUGACAUUACAAUGUCUCAAAGCCAUGGUAACUGCACUCUUGUAGCAAUAAAUUGUGUGAAAUACACUUUAACACUGGCAAGUUUCCCAGUAAUUUAAUAAAGGACAAGCAAAGAG